GCCCGGCCUGUGGUCGCUAGGAUACGGAGUAGGGGCCUGAGAACACCGGUUGUCUUGAGAUGUUGGGACCAGCAGGCACAACCGACCGCCCCUCAUCCCAGCGCACCGCAGAGCGAGGCCGUCGCAGAAAGCUGCCCAACGGCCAGCAUGCCGGGGAAGAGGGGCCGUGGAGGGUCACCCGGUCGCCGCUCCCGCACCGCCCGAGCCGAGCGGUCCUGCUCCGUGAGCCACCUGGAGCGCCUCCUGCGGGAGGGCCACUACGCCCAGCGCCUGAGCUCCUCCGCACCCGUCUCCCUAGGGGCCAUCAUCCAGUACCUGACGGCCAGGGUCCUGGGGCGGGCGGGCCAUGAGGCCCAGAACAGCGGCCGGAGGCGCCUCACUCCGGAGCUGGUGGACGUGGCGGCCCGCAACAACGCGCUGCUCAGCGGCUUCUUCAGCACUAGCACCAUCUCCCAGGCGGCCCCGGCCCAGCACUAGCUGCCCAGCGACACCUGGGUCCCC